UAUAAGCUUGUCUUUCAACAAUAAAUCUUAAUCAAGUGCAAACACCUGAGACUGUUUCAUAAAAUCUCUUCUGAAGCCCAGUCCUAACAAGAUAAGGAACUAAGUUAUCUACCUAAACACACUACAUAUAAUAAAGGCGCUAUCCCUUUAACCAACCUUCGUUUAACUCCUGACUAAGAUCCAACUUUUACCAACGCGACAGUAUUUUAAACAUUAUUACGUCUAACCAUAACAUCUCCUUGUCUAGGCAUAAUAGGAUUCUCAGAUCAGCAGCAGAUCAUCUGAUCAGCUGAUUGUUUGGUAUAAAGAGAUAGCGGAUUGCGUAUUGUCAUAUGUGUAAUAAUAACCUUGCUCUGAAACUAUGAAUGUUAUAUUGUACGUAGGGGGCAACGGCUAUGGAAAUUAGGAAAAGAUAGCAGUGUAGUACAUAGCACAAAAUAAGAAAAAGUCGAGAUGAAUAAAAACUUGAAUUCACCGAAUAAACUUACUGAGUUCGCUCCAUUAAGUCCAGAGGAAAAUCCGCCUGUCGUCGCUUCAAUAUUUUCCAAGAUCUUUAGUUUCACUAAAGGUUCUUUGACAAGCAAUACAGCAAGUACGACUACCAAAGAUGAAGGUUCAACAACAGAAUCUGAUUCAUGGCAACAAUCAAAAAGUGCAGAAAAAUCUCCUUCCCAAGAUACUGCCAGCUUGUUAAGUUUCUCUGUUGAAGAAGGCAGAAGUUUACCAAAUGUUUUGAAACGCAUUAGCAACAUUGUAGCUUCAAAAAACACUAGUCUACAAUCAUACAAGAAUUCAGAACUAAGAAGUUAUUGGAUGCCUGACAGUGUUAGUAAACAAUGCUAUGAAUGUGGAGAAAGGUUUACAACAUUUAGGAGAAGACAUCAUUGUCGAGUCUGUGGUCAGAUUUUUUGUGCAAAAUGCUGUUGUGAUGAAAUCCCAGGCAAAAUUAUGGGUUGUACAGGUGACUUGAGAGUUUGCACGUAUUGCUGCAAGGUUGUUUUGUCAUACCUACAAUCAUCAGAUAUGAGAAGUGAUCUGUCUGCUGACUUGAAAGCUCUACAAGAAGAUUUAGAAGAAAAAUAUGGUAAUAAUACUUUACCACCAUUACAAAAAUCCAAUGCCAAUCAAAAUACAGAAGAUGAAAUGAAUGUUCGACGGAAAACAAGUGUUGGUUAUAUGGAAGAAAAAUAUGCCUUUAGACGGUCACCGUAUAAUUAUUUAACGUCACAGGAGCGAACGUUAGCACUACAAAAUUCGGCAUCUUUACGAAUGCUUUAUGAAGAAGUGUUUAGAUCCAACACAGCAAUUCUUUUACAAACUCAUAGAAUUCGAUUGAACCGUUAUAAUCACUGUUUUGUUGCAACUGAACUAGUUGACUGGCUUCUAGCUCAUAAUAAAGCAGCAACAAGAAUUCAAGCAACUGCAAUAGGUCAAGCACUUUUUGAGGCAGGAUUCGUUAAACCUGUAUUAAUGGAUAAUUGCUUUAGCGAUUCGCCUGCACUUUUCAAGCCAGCCAAACUCUCGCGAGUACAUAGUAAAGAUAUUUUAAUUGAAAAUCAAACGCCUUGCGAUGCUCAGGAACCUGCAUGGGUUAAAACCAUUCCUCAAUAUGAUGCAAAUACUGAAGAUUCAGAAAAUGAGUCUAAACAAUUUCCACAAAUCUCGCAAGGGAGAAUACCAUCAUCCAGUUCAAGCUUUUAUUUGGAUCUAAACGUCGAAGCUUCGACGGUCACUUUAAAGAGACCAACUUCAGAUGACAUGUUAUCAGUAGCAACUGAUAGUAGCGACGGAAUUUUCGAGCAAAAGGAAAUAAAUUUUCAAUCGCAAGACAAUAAUUCAAAAAUUCCAGAGGAUCUUCUUAAUGACACACUAUUAGUUCAAGAUAUUAAAGAGAAAGAAGGAUGGCAUCAAACUGCUAAUUUGAAAAAUACUUAUAAUGAAUCGAGCGUUUAUGCCAGUUUAACAUCGUCUUAUAAACAGCACGAAGAGUAUCUUCUUCGACAAUUAUUGAACAAGGAGGGUUUAUCUCAAAAUUGGUCAGAAAUAAUCCUCCAGAUAGCUCAUCAAGUAGUCGACCGUGUGAGACCUGAUUUACAUCACGACACCGAUGAUAUGGACAUCAGACAGUACGUGCAAAUUAAAAAGUCUCCGGGAGGUAGCAAGAAUGACUGCGAAAUCGUAUCCGGUAUUGUAUGUAGUAAGAACGUUGCACACAAAGGAAUGGAUGCAAUGAUUGCUAACCCGAAAAUUCUGCUACUUCGCUGUGGUCUCACCUAUCAAAGAGUCGAAGGAAGGUUGUUGAGUUUAGAGCCAGUUUUGAUGCAGGAAAGUGAGUAUUUAGGACACACGGUUGCAAGGAUAAAUGCACUAGGCCCCGACAUUGUCCUUGUACAUAAAUCUGUGGCCAGACUGGCACAGGAUAGAUUAAGAGAGUGUAACGUGACAUUAGUUUUGAACGUGAAACUCAGUAUUCUUGAAAGGCUAGCAAGAUGCACUGGCGCACACAUUGUAGAUACUAUUGAUGCACAUAUGUCUGCCAGAUACAAACUUGGAAUUUGUAAAAAGUUCUAUUUAAGAAACUUUCCUAGUGAAAAAACUGGUGUCAAAACGUUGAUGUACUUCGAAGGCUGCGCUCAUCCCCAUCUUGGAGCAACUGUACUGUUACGUGGAGGCUCGCAAAGCAAACUGAAGAAAGUUAAGAAUGUUGCGUCGAUGAUGAUCUUUGCAGCGUAUUCAUGUCGUCUUGAAAAGUCAUUUUUGAUGGAUGAGUUUGCAAAACCACCGUCAUCAAAAGAUAAUGCAUUUCUUGAUGAAUCGUCGCGUAACAGUUCGCCUAAUAAAACCAAAGAUUUAGCUAGUAACCAAAGCGAUUGUGAAAAUAUUCAAAACAUUCCAGAAAAGCCAAAAACGUCAUUUGAAGAGACUAUGAGCGUCAUAACAGUAGAUGAGCAAAAUUUUGAUAGACAAUUUUCGGCAUCCAAAAGUAUCCCUAACAAAAGUGAUAUUAGUAAUAAGAUGGAAAAUAACGAUGAUGUAAAUAAAAAUGACAAUUUUGAGCAAGUUUCUGCUUUGUUGAUGAACGCCACGAGUUCUUACGAUACUUUGAAGUUGUUCAAGCCCAAGUCUAAAUCUAGUAUUGACGAGUUGAAAAAUUCUGAUAAGCCAAGCCUAUUAGAAGCCGAUACUAGUGGCGAUCACAACAGUACUCUUGAUCUUUUCAGUAAAGCAACCGGCGCUGACGAUAAGUCAAGAACUCCAAGUAAAGACCGACCAUCCAUCGAAGAAAAACGAGUGCAUGGUCAAUCAGUUAGCGACAGAAGCGAUCCUCUCCACCAAUAUCUUAAUGAAGAUGGAGACGAGGAAGUAUUUGAUCCAGCUAGUCCUAAUGGGCAGUGCUUAAGUGUAGCAGAUUUGCCAUUAUUGAAUAAGUUUAAGAAAGCUCUCGAAGGAACAAUUCUCAGUGUUUCGCCGUAUUUGAAAUUCACGAUACCUUAUCUCGAGACUGAGCCUGGCAGGAAUUGUGUACUAAGGAGUUUCUUCCCUAAGGAGCUGUAUUACUCAGCUUAUUUUUUUGAUAAAAUUAAAGGUGCAAAACUGAGCGAUACUACAAAUUACGAAAAUUCACAACCAAACAUUAUAUUGAAGCCACCUCAUCCAUUGCUUCAAAUAAAAUUAACAUUGAGCGCUGACAGCCGUGAAGUGCAGAAUAUGUUGGCGCAUUUUCGAGCUUGCGGAAGUCGUCUUGACAAGAUAGAUCCAGCAUUGUUAGAAAAAAAACCGAUUUCAAUGCAAAGUGAAGCAUCUGAACAACAGCAGCAAGUUAUGUGGCCAGAUUGCUUAGAUCCUGUUAGUCAUCAGAGAUUGUCCGUUUUGUUUUGUAGCUUUUUGCAUAAUACAAAUACUGAUAAUACCCCAGCUUUUUGUGUUAAUCCUUGGGUGGUGAAUAUGGAUCUUUAUGGACGCAACGAUAUUGCCUUGGGCCGCUUUCUGGAACGUUACUGUCUUACCACAGAAUACAAGUGCCCAGCUCAAAACUGUAGGGCUCAGAUUGCUCAGCACGUCCGUCGUUUUGUGCAUGACGGUGGUUGCGUACACAUUAGUUUGUGUGCAAUGAACAUAGAUCCUUUCAGUCAAGGCCAGGAGAAAUCAAAUCAAAUUUUUAUGUGGAGCAAGUGUACAAAGUGCAAAGGCGUGUCGCCUGUAGUCCCUAUUUCCGACGACACUUGGUCGCUUUCGUUUGCUAAAUAUCUUGAACUUCGAUUCCACGGUAGUGUUUAUACUCGACGUGGCACAGAUACAUGCCAACAUUCACUACACCAUGACCAUCAUCAAUUCUUCUGUAAGCGUAAUAUGCUGGCAGUAAUGCGUUAUUGCAAGAUAUCACAAUGGGAGAUAUCAUUACCACCACCGCUUAUUCACAUAAGUUACGAUUCAAAGCUAUACGCUAGCAUCGUUGAAGAAAUGAAAGGAUUGGGAACGAAGGGCGACGAAAUGUUCUCCUGCGUGCGAGAAAAGAUUAAUGGACUGCAGUUGGAUUCAGAAACGUUAGCUUCUUUAAAAACCCAAUUAAGCAAGGAUCAGCAGUAUUUUAAAAACAAGAUCGACGAGCUACAGCUCAAAUUCACUUUGCCUCCUUUGGAAAAUAAGAAGACCGAAGGAAAAUCUUCGGAGAAACAAGUGCAAAAUUUGGUGCAUCGUAUCGAGGACAACAUAGUGAUCGUGAAACGUGUGAUAGCUGAUGCAGUCGAAACGUGGAACUCCAAAAUUAACGAAGCAAGCAGUAAGAAGAAGGAUGAUCGUUUAACUCGUAAAGCGACCGAACGUACACCCAUCACUACCGGCACUAACAUUGGUGGUACACAGGAAAAUGAUGGGUAUAACACCGAAGACAAUGCUUUUGAGUCACAGGCCGAAGAUCAAAGUCCUAUGUCUGCGGAUUAUAAUGCCGUUGAAGCGAUCGCGGCAAUUCAAGAAGCUAAGUUAAAUGUAGUAGAAAGCUCGGAUAACGAAGUUCCUGAGUCACAUACACUACCUAAUCCUGAUGAUAUUGUCGUUUUGCAAGGCUCUCCGAAAACACGUCAUCGGACGUAUUCAGAUGCAAUGUCCACAGUUUCCGAAGAGGCGCCUGAUAAGAAAAAGAAGAAGAAGACUAUUCUAUCGCAGUUGCUGCCUUCGACGAGUACAAUGAAUAUAAUACCAAGUCCAUUGGGUUAUUUUGAACAUCAUUUAUUACCACUUGGCUCUACAGUACCAAUAGUUGUGUACGAAUCCGAACCAUCUUCCAUCAUAGCGUACGCUUUGGAUUCCAUAGAGUACAAACAUGCAGUGCAAUCACAAAUUCGAGAUUUAAAGCCACCAGAAUUAGCUCCGAGUCCACUUAAUAAAAGAAAAUUACAAGAUAACAAAGAGAACGUGUCCGAUGUCACACAAUCUGGCGAAACCAAGAAAUCUUCUAUGUUAUCAUUUCUUAGAGGAACUAGUCCCAAUCCUCAUAUACUGGGUAGUCCUAUGGAAACUGAUAAGCCAUUACUUGGAAGCACAAUGGAAGCAACGCAAUCUUCUACGUCAACGGCUACAGAAAAAGAUGAUGAGCUAAAAACCAAACCACCACAGCCGAUAUUCGUGGAAGUUCAAUUUGCCGAUUCAACGACGGACUUUUUUUGCAAAAUAUAUUUUGCUGUUCAGUUUGCCGCAUUGAGAGAACGUGUACUUUCUUGCGGUGAAGACGGCUAUACUAGAAGCUUAAGUCGAAGCGUGCAGUGGGCAGCACGAGGUGGCAAAAGUGGAAGCACAUUUUGCAAAACAAGAGAUGAUAGAUUUAUUUUGAAAGAGAUGAAACCUAUAGACCUCCAAAUUUUUCUCGACUUUGCGCCAAAUUACUUCGCUUACAUGGAAAAGUGUCAGCAAACUAAUCAACCAACUCUAUUGGGAAAAAUUGUAGGAGUUUAUCGCGUAUCAUUCAGAAACACACAAUCCAGUGCAGCCAUUCAAAUGAAUUUUCUUGUUAUGGAAAAUUUGUUUUACAACAGAAGUAUUACGGAUAAAUUUGAUCUAAAAGGCUCGGUGAGGAAUCGACUUGUGAAUCCAGAAGAGGUCGAGGAGGGAGAAUUAGUUUUACUGGACGAGAAUUUAUUAAAUAUGAGCUGUGACUCCCCAUUGUAUAUACGGCCACAUGCCAAAGCCGUUUUGAACAAGGCUAUUGAGGAAGAUACUAAAUUCUUGGCAGACAACUGUGUGAUGGACUAUUCACUACUUGUAGGCCUUGAACCGAAUUCAGACGAGCUCGUGUUAGGCAUAAUUGAUUAUAUCCGUACAUUUACGUGGGAUAAAAAGAUCGAAACACUUUUAAAAAGAAAAAUCUUAACCAAUAGUCAAGGAAAAUUACCAACGAUAGUGUCACCAAUCGAGUAUCGAGCUCGUUUUAUUACUGCAAUGCACAAGUAUUUCUUGCCAGUACCUGACAGAUGGUUUGGUCUCAAUCGUGGAGUGACAGCGACAUAAAUUUUUGCUGAAAACUAGUUCUGCCGAUCAUGGAUGUACGUAUUGUUGGUAUCAUGAAUUUGUCGAUAGUUAUGGUCACCUUGUAUAUAUUUUAUAUUUUAUAGAAACAAACCAAUUUUGCAUUGAUCGAAAAAUACGAUUCUCGAGUAAAGUUGUAUAUACUUUUUAUGAUUAUUAGCUACUGAUAAUCUUGAUCCAUGCGUAAAAAGCUGAUCGCGAUACUGAUUAUUAGGUCCUCAUAAAUUGCAUAAAAUAACAAUCGUAUAUAGAUUGAACGGCUGAGAUGUAAAAUGAUGCAACGUUUGAGUAUAAAUAUUAUAUACUUUCAUAAAGUUACCGUAUAUUAAUUAAAUAAAACUUCUUCAAUAACAAUAACAAUCUUAUUACGGCGAUUAAUACAUUAUCUUACAGAUCGUGCAAUAAACAGUACGCGAAAAAUGCUUAUGCUGCAAUCAGAUGAUAUAAUUAAAUGAAUACUUUUUUAAGUAAAUUUUUAUGUACAAGUUUUCAAACUUGUA